UACAGGAUAGAUAUGAACAAUAUAAAUCAAGAAUUUUACAAAUCGCCCAAAGAAUUGAUAGGAAUCUUGUUCCAUCAAAGAACAAAUCUACGGAUGACAUAACAGAAAAAAUCACCGCAUUAAGUUCUAAGCAUUCAGGACAGACCAAGAAAACAAAUGAAAUAAAUUUAUAA